AUGCUUGCUCCGCCUUCUCAAGGCAGCAUUGUUGUCAAGUCAACGCCAACCAUCUCGCAGCAAUCACUUCAUCGACACGGCGAUUGUGAGGCGCGCGAUAGUGAGCGGUCCAACCACGCACUAGGAUCGACGCCUACCCCCUCUUCAUCUCGAAUCGCACAUGCGACCAGCUCAGGCCUCUCAGCUCUUCAUUGCGCAAACCGACAAAAGGAUCGUCAAGGAUCAGCUGAUCGAGCUACAGGCCUCAAGACCGAAUUAGUGGAUGACAGCCCAGCCUCGACUCCAAAGUACCGCCUUCGCCUGCUGCAGCAGCCCACCACCGGCUCUGCGUUCGGGGCCAACCUUCUCUCCCGAACCGCGCUCGCUCCGCCGCUCAUUCUCGAGCUCCAAGCCACCUCGGAUGGGCAGUCCAUCGAGGCGUCUGCCGAGCUGCCCUUUCUGAUCUGCCAGUGUUCGCUGGUGGACGAGCAAGGUGCGGCUGCGGAUCUGAGGCGUGAGCCUGCUCCGACAGCGACCCUGGCGCCGCCUUCGCCUGCAAAAUCGCGCAAAGGUCGAAAGUCGGCCUCGACCAUGGAGCCGCCCUCCACCAGCACGACGCCAACCACGACUGAGUCACAGCUGGUCAGGAUGCUCUACGGCACCCUCGUCGCCGGUCCUCAGAUGCACAAGGCCCCGCCUGGAGAAGAGGAUGUCGAAAAGCCCUACUUCUUCUUUCCCGAGAUCAGCGUUCGUGCGACCGGCAAAUUCAGGAUUGUUUGCCGCCUCAUGCGGCUCCCUCUCCCGGGCAUCAGCGCCAUCGAGGAAGGCGUACUGGCCAGCGUCGAAACAAACACCUUUGAGGUGGUCGAAAGAGCCAACUUCAUGGCGCCCUACAUUACGGAUGUCUCGCGCCACUUUGCUAGGCAGGGCGUACCUCUGCUUCUCCCGCCCGGCGUCUCGGCUGACUGA